ACUAAACAUGUAUCUAAUCCCGAUAUUUCCAUUGUAUGAAUAGUUCAUUUGAACCAGUCCAUUCCGGAACGACGGACUGCACUCGAAGUAGUAAACAUUGUUACAUUGUAUUUUAUUUUGUCUGAAGAUUUUUGCACAUCAAUGAUAAAACGCAUCAUGACGGACGUAGACGUUAAAGCUGGCAUACAACAGAUUUUGAAGUGGGUGGAUGCAGCCUAUGAACAGAGACCUAAGGAACUAAAGGGCGAUAAGCCCCUUUUGGUCGCUGUUAGCAAAACAAAACCUGUUGAAAUGAUCAUCGAUGCAUAUUCGGUGGGUCAACGUCAUUUCGGUGAAAACUAUGUUCAAGAAUUGGUGGAGAAAAGUCAACAUCCAGAUAUUUUGGCCCAAUGUCCUGAUAUUAAAUGGCAUUUCAUUGGCCAUCUUCAGACCAAUAAAAUCAACAAGAUUAUAAAAUUGCCCAACAUGCACAUGGUUCAAACGGUGGACAGUGAAAAAUUGGCCAAUAAUUUAAACUCAGCAUGGCAGAAAUUCGAAAAGGAAAACAAACAACCGCUUAAUGUGCUCAUACAAAUCAAUACAAGUGGUGAAGAAGCCAAGAACGGCGUAGCACCAAGCGAUGCACCAAAACUUUACAAAUACAUCAAAGAAAAUCUUAAAGAACUCAAUCUAAAUGGCAUUAUGACAAUAGGUGCGUUUGGUCAUGAUUAUUCCAAGGGUCCCAAUCCCGAUUUUAUAUCCCUGAUGCAAGUUCAUAAGCAAAUUUGUGAAGAAAAUCAAUUGAAUGAAAAAGAUGUUCAAGUUUCUAUGGGCAUGUCGGAUGAUUUCGAAAAGGCGAUUGAAAUGGGCAGCACAAUUGUUCGUGUGGGAAGUUCUAUUUUUGGUUAUCGGGCUAAAAAGCCGAGUGCCUAAGUCAGCCAAAUCGGCAGGGAAAUGAAAAAUAUGUUUCGUAUUCCAAGCACACAUACCUACACACACUGGUUCUAAAUGCUUUAAAUAUACACACAAACAUUCAUGCAUACACCUAAAGUUGUAUGGAAUUGGAAUAUAAAAAAACACAAAAACAAGAACAAUAUUUAAUUGUUCAAAAUUUUUAUUUGUUAAGUUUAUAUGCUGUUGUUGUUUUUUUUUUAAUUUUGAAAUAGACCUAAAACCAAUAUAUGUACAUAUUCGUAUACAGAUAUAAAAAAUCUAAUAGCCGUAUACAUGUAUGUGUUAUAUGCAUGUGAAUGCCAAAGAA